CAGAAAGGAGAAACAGACACACCCAUAUAUUAUUCAUUCAGUAUCACCGACGUCAUUAGUCAGGCUCCAUGAGACUCCACGGCGCAUGCCUGCUGGUGGACGUGGCAACAACGUCACGCACCGGAAGCUGUCAGCACGGAAACGGCAAUCCCCGAAAGUGUCGGCGACUCUGAAAAGCGACGGAUUGUUACAGUAAUGAACAAUGAAGCGCGGGAUCGUUCAUGAGCGCUCAGCUCCACCAAGUUCAUACUGACUCUCUGCCUGUUUAGUGGUUUUACAUCUAUCUCCAUAAAUCACAGGAAACCACUGGAAGUGGGUUUACUUUGAACUUACCAGUACACCUCACUGUGGUUUCCAGCAUCAUGACGUGCAGGGAUCGCACCCUGGAGUUCCAGUCAGCCUGCAAGUCUCUGCAGGGCAGACAGAUACAGAAUGGUACACUGGCAAAACCCAACCAUAAUGCUCUUAAACAGCGGAGUGACUUCACACUCAUGGCAAAGAGAAUUGGAAAAGACUUGAGUAACACGUUUUCUAAACUGGAGAAGCUCACAAUUUUGGCCAAAAGGAAAUGUCUGUUUGACGACAAGUGUGUGGCGAUUGAAGAGUUGACCUACAUUAUAAAGCAGGACAUCAACAGCUUAAAUAAACAGAUAGCGCAGCUGCAAGACCUGGUGCGCUCCCGAAGCGGACAAAAUGGACGUCACAUUCAGACACAUUCCAACACGAUUGUUGUCUCCCUCCAGUCAAAGCUGGCAUCGAUGUCUAACAAUUUCAAGUCCGUGUUGGAAUUGAGAACCGAGAAUCUGAAGCAGCAGCGCAGCAGAAAAGAACACCUCUCCCGGGCGCCGGUGUCCACCUCACCUCUGCACGCUGACAACUUCAGUAGCUCAGUAUUGAUGCAGAAUGAAUCCAGAAGCCUCGGCAGUGAUGUGGCCAUUGACAUGGAUUCAAGAGCCAAUCCCCUCCAACUGCAACUUAUUGACGAACAGGACUCGUACAUCCAGAGUCGAGCAGACACCAUGCAGAACAUCGAGAGCACCAUUGUGGAGCUGGGCUCCAUCUUCCAACAGCUGGCACAUAUGGUCAAAGAACAGGAGGAGACCGUACAGAGGAUUGAUUCCAACGUGGAGGACACGCAGCUGAAUGUGGACAUGGCCCACAGCGAGAUCCUCAAAUACUUUCAGUCGGUCUCCUCCAACCGCUGGCUCAUGAUUAAGAUAUUCCUCGUACUGGUGGUGUUCUUCAUCAUAUUUGUGGUCUUCCUUGCCUAAGAGGAAAGGACCAUGAGGAACGAUGGGAUUAAGAAGUGGACGGCGUGAAGCAGCCAUGGACUCUUAUUGGGCGAUGUGCAAAAAAAAAUAAAUGAAGUAGACUGGACAACAAUAGCUUUGCCACGAGAGCGGACAAAUUGUACCACUUAUGCGUUGUAUGCUUUUACUGAGAAUGAAAGAUGUUAGUUAAAUUAUAGAAACUUGUGGGGUUAGUCUUGCUCUCUGGAUAGGUGAUGACGGCAGUUUUAAAACAUCUUGCCCUAUUCAGGGAGUGGUGUCAGAUUUCAUUCUUAGAUUUUCUCUUUGUUACCUUGAGACAUAAACAUUAUAAAAACUGAGCCUUCACUUACCAUACUUAUUUUCAGGAGAAGGUUAAUUUUGUGAAUGGUUUGAUUCUGCAAACUGGUUUCAUUCGAUUAUUUUUCUGACCGUGUUGUCAGCAAUCAGUGAUAACAUGAAUGAUGU